AUGGACAACCUGAAGUCCGUCACCCUUCAACACUUUGCCGGAAGUGCUACAACGCAUCCGUGUAAGACUGAGCCCCAAAGCUGCAAGCCUGCAAGCCUGUCCGGAGUUUUGGUUGAGUUUCGCAGACUGGACAGCUGCGCAGGUGUGGCCUCCGCUCGAGGUCUUCGACGUUCCCUGCGUCGAGGCUUCCUUUGCAGUGUCUAUGUGGUCAAGGAGCGAUGUCUCGGCUUUUACGAUGGCCUGGCUGACAUCUUGAACUGCCAGAAGCGGCGCCAGCUGCAGUGGCGGCGGGAAUGCUGCGUGGCCAGCUUUCGCACGAACUCCGGAGCACUUGCCGCAGCAAGGACAACCAAGCCGAUGGUCUACGAUUUCACUGAGUUCCAGCACGGUGAGCCGUCUGACAGCUUGCCAGAAGCAGAUUGA